GCACACAUACAUACAGGCGAGGUUCGCAACACUACAAAAAUUACGCCAGUAAGCACUGGUAAGCACACGUGUGGACUACAAGCUCUAUCUACAGUGAAUAAUUGGAUUUUAUGUUGACGGUGAUGUUCGAUAGGAAAUAAGACGCUGACCGCGAAAUGUGAAAUGCAUUUAUUUUUAAGUAACGAGAAACGCCGUGGAAAUCUUAUUUUACGUGUAUCACGGUAUUUAAGAUAACAAUGAGCUGGGAAAUUAGCUGUACCGAUAUGUGUCGUGCAUGCAUGAAAGUUGACGGCGUUCUUCUUCCGAUGUACGAUGACGACACGAUUAGACAGAAAAAUUUACCUGACAAACUUGCUGAACUUGCUUCUAUACAAAUUGAUAGAUUUGAUGGCUUACCAAACAUGCUUUGUGCAAAAUGUGCUUAUCGCACUGAUGCAUUUUACGAUUUUAAGCUACAAGUUCAAGCUACUGAAAGAAAACUUCGUAAGAUGUUUGAAACACAAAUUCGAUGUGUUGUGAAGGAUGAAGCAAUGGGCAACGAUUUCGAACAAGAUUGCGCGGAACAGUCAAACGAAUCACUGGUGGUAAAAUUGUUAGAUGAUAAGCAUAAAGACGUUAAGGAAGCGUGUAAUACAGUCGAUUCGGAUGAAUUUUUAGUCGAAGAAAUUAGCGCGGGUGUCAAGGACGAACAGGCAUUAGAGCUGGACGUGGUUCAACUGGUAGAAGAAAAUGCGGAAUUUAAUAAAACCGAAAUGUCUGAACUAAGAGGCAUCAUAAUUUCAAAGUUGUCGGGGGCGGAAGAGGAUCAAGAUAAGAGAUUAAAUAACGAAAUACCCGAGGAGAUUUCGAAAAUCUUAGAGUCCCAACAAUUAGAUUAUACGAUAAUGUAUAUACCUGAGGAAGAGGUAUCUUUAGAGCACAUUAGUGCCGAGAAUGUGCUUUCUUGCGAUUCCACCAUCAAAUUAGAUGAUAAUAAAAAGGUUAUCGAGUCGGAGUGUAACGGCGAUAGUUUACACGAAUCGACGAACAACGAAGAGUUUCUCAUAACCGUGUGCGACGAUAAAAUUGAGGAAACAGAGGGUAGGCAAGCGAAUCACGAGCUUGAAGUGACCUGGAAAUCUACGAUUCCGGAAGAAAGAGUAAACGGUAGAAACGCGCAAAAAGUUUCGCUGGAGUUGAACCAGCAACAAGCGGAAGGGAGCGGUGAAUCGGACUCGGAUUACUUCGUUGACCCAAAAGACAAUAUAUUGGGUAGCUUAAACGACACGAUCACGAGAAUAAAAGAGAUCAAGCUGGAGGACGAUGUGAUACAGUAUCAAUGCACGUUGUGUUUGCAAAAUUAUGAUAAGUUGACUGGCGUUUUGUUGCAUACCAUAGACAACCACGUGCCAAGCAGUGGGCCAUUUUUUUGCGUGGUGUGUGAAAAGGACUGCGAAAGUCAUCGCGACCUGAGGGCGCACGUGAAGACACACACCGGUCAGUUUCCCUAUUCCUGCUUCAUAUGCAACAAAGCGUAUACUAUGAAGAGGUAUCUAAAGCGGCACAUGGUGUGCCACACAAACUUCCUUAGGCACCGGUGUCCAAAGUGUGGUUCCAGGUUCAAGGUGAAGUCGGAGCUGGAGUCCCACAUCGCCACCCAUAUACGAGGAGCGCCAUAUGCUUGCAGCCAAUGUCCCCGUCUAUUCAAUCACAAAGGUAACUACAAGCGGCAUUUGAUCUCGCAUCUGGACCCGCAGGGUCUUCAUUUGCCCAAGUAUCCCUGCAAAGUGUGUGGGAAGAGGUUUCUUAAUAAUCGCACAUUGGAGACUCACAUGCGUGUCCACACGGGCGAAAAACCGUUCAAGUGUGACGUAUGCGGCAGGUCCUUCUCACAGCAAGGGAACCUAUUGAAUCACGUAAGAAUUCAUUCGAAUCCGCGAAGCUAUACGUGCGAGGUUUGUGGAAAGCGCUUCAAUCAGAGGGCUACCCUGAGGGACCAUAGUCUGUUACACACUGGAGAGAAACCGUACAUCUGUAACGUAUGUGGAAUAGCUUUUACGUUCAGCGCUGCAUUGAGGCGUCACAUGUGGACUCAUACCGGCGGGAAACCGUUCGCCUGUGAAACUUGUAGCGCUCGUUUCGUCGGCAAAUACGAUUUGCGACGACACAUGAGGAUACACACCGAUAAACCCAGGGCGAAACGAAGGAAAACAACGAUCAAAUCGAACGACGUCCAACAAGAGGUUAAAGAAGAAAGUAUUCCAGUUUCUGAACAUCCUGAUACAGAGACUAUUCUAAUCGAACAAGUCCUCCUUACUCAGGAUGUCACGCAAGUUGUUCAGCAGCAGGAAUCUGAAAAAGAAAACGUCGAUGCGCUUUUUAAUCUAAUACAAUACGGUUAACCACUGCAUAAGCUGUUUUCUUUGUACAUCUUUUUGAAGAAUAGGAUAUACAGUUUGUCGUGUA